AUGCUACCCUAAAUAGAACGAACUCCCACUGGCUGGCUUUUGUGCAGGAACUAAUUCUUUUGAGGAGCAGAUCUCUAUAAAAUCCAGUGCGGGGGGGAUUGGAGGAUGUAAAGGCAACUUGCAGCUUGUUCUGAGCAAAGCUUCUUGCCUGGAUAUUUCCCUUCUCAUUUGGUCAGAUUAUGGAUAUGUGUUCAAGUUCCACUACACCUCCUGUGUUUCUUGAAGAAACAGUAAAAAUAGAGGAUCAAGUCAAGUCCCAAGAAAAUGAAUCAAUUCCCAAGUUACAGGAAAAUGUUGUUCAUUCCCAUGUUACAGGAGAAUGCCAAGACAACAGAAAAGAUUUCAAUGAUGAAGGAUCCUCUUCUGUUCCAAGUCCCCAGAAAUUUCUUCCUAUAAAUUAUUCCAGUUAUACUAAGGAAUAUUAUUCAUAUGCAGGGAAGAAUAUUAUUAUUCAAGAAUCAAUAGAGAGCUAUGGAGCUGUAGUGUGGCCAGGUGCUGUAGCUUUGUGCCAAUAUUUGGAACAACAUAGUGAAGAACUCAAGUUCCAAGAUGCCACAGCAAUUGAAAUUGGGGCUGGACCAGGUCUUGUCUCGAUUGUGGCUAGUCUAUUAGGAGCACAUGUCACUGCAACUGAUCUUCCUGAUGUGCUAGGAAACCUUCAAUACAACAUUUUAAAAAAUACCCACAAAUCUACAGUGCAUCAACCUGAAGUGAGAGAACUAGUGUGGGGGGAAGAUCUUGAACUGAACUUCCCCAACUCAUCUUACUAUUACGAUUUCAUUUUAGCCACUGAUGUGGUGUACCAUCAUUACUUUCUGGAUAAACUGCUGACUACAAUGAUACAUUUGUGUCAGCCAGGGACGGUGUUGCUCUGGGCAAACAAAUUCAGAUUCAGCACAGAUUAUGAAUUUUUGGAAAAAUUCAAGCAAAUUUUCAACACAACACUACUUGCUGAAUUUCCAGAGUCUACAGUCAAGAUUUUCAAAGCAACACUAAAAUGGGACUAAAAUGACAUGGAAAUGUGAAAAAGAAUGCUCUCCACAUCUAGAGAAAGAACUAUGGGAGUAGAAACACAGAAGUAAAACAUGGAUUUAUUACUUGGUUAUAUGGGUAUAUGAUUUGGGAUUGGGGCUUUGGAAAGAUCACUCUAUUACAAAUAUGAAUAAUAUGGAAAGAGCUUUUGAGUAAUAAAACAUGGAUAAACCAGUGGAAGUGCUUGUCAGUUCUGGGAGGUGGGAAGGAAGGAUGGGUGGGUGAAAUAUGAAUCAUGUAACCAUGGAAAAAUAUUCUAAAAAAAUAAAUUAAACAAUGAAAUAAAAUACAAUGGAAAAAAUGCAUCAUGCUAGUAUGC